AACCGUCAACUACAAAAAUGUGUGGUAUUUUCGCUUACUGCUCUCACAACGUCUCAAAAGAUCGCAAAUAUAUCAUCGACUGCCUCCUCAACGGUUUGUCUAGAUUGGAAUACCGUGGAUACGACUCAGCUGGUAUCGCCGUUGAUGGUGAGGAUGACAAAGAUACUUACAUCUUCAAGCAAGUUGGUAAGGUAAAGGAGUUGAGAUCACACAUCGACAAGGCUAGCGUCGAUUUCGAAAAGCAAUUCUCCUCACAAGCUUCUAUGGGACACACUAGAUGGGCUACUCACGGUGAACCAUCCCCUAUCAACUGCCACCCUCACCGCUCAGAUACCACAAACGAAUUCAGCGUCGUUCACAACGGUAUCAUCACAAACUACAAGGAACUCCGUUUGGUUCUCGAAAAGAAGGGCUACAAGUUCGAGACCGACACCGACACUGAAGCCGUAGCAAAGUUGGCAAAGUUCAUCUUUGACUCAAACCCAAAGAUUUCUGACUUCCCUACUCUCGUUAAAUCCGUCUGCAAAGAAUUAGAAGGUGCAUUUGCAUUCGUUUUCAAGUCAAUUCACUUCCCAAACCAAUUAGUCGUUGCUAGACGUGGUUCUCCUGUUUUGAUCGGUGUAAAGACAGACCAAAAGCUCAAGACUGAUUUCGUUGAUGUCGAAAUUCCUUCAGAGGACACUAUCCCUGCCGCAUUCGAGGACUCUCCAGGUGCUGGCUUAAUGAACAACUCACCAAACCCACAACUUAGAAGAUCUCAAUCAAGAGCCUUCCUCGCUAACGGCUCUUCCCCAGAACCAAUUGAAUACUUCAUUGCAUCAGACGCUUCUGCCAUCGUUGAACAUACCAAGAGAGUCUUAUAUCUUGAAGACGAUGACAUUGCCCAUAUCCAAGGUGGUGAAUUACACAUUCACCGUCUCAACCGCGCAAACGACAACACACCAUCGGUCAGAUCAAUUGAAACUUUGGAGAUUGAAAUCGCUGAAAUCAUGAAGGGCUCAUUCGACCACUUCAUGCAAAAGGAAAUCUACGAACAACCAGAAUCUGUUAUCAACACUAUGAGAGGUAGAAUCAACUUUGAUACCAGACAAAUCACCUUGGGUGGUCUCAAGCAAUACUUGACAACCAUCAGAAGAUGCCGUAGAAUCGUUUUCGUCGCUUGUGGUACUUCAUACCACUCUUGUUUAGCUGUUAGACAAGUCUUCGAGGAGUUGACUGAAAUUCCAGUUUCUGUUGAAUUGGCUUCUGACUUCUUGGAUCGUCGUACACCAAUCUUCAGAGAUGACGUUUGUGUAUUCUUGUCACAAUCAGGUGAAACCGCGGACACUAUCUUAGCUUUACGUUACUCAAUGGAACGUGGUGCUUUAUGUUUAGGUGUUGUCAACACCGUUGGAUCAACCAUCUCACGUGAAACUCACUGUGGUAUCCACAUUAACGCUGGUCCAGAAAUCGGUGUUGCUUCAACCAAGGCAUACACAUCACAAUACAUCGCUUUAUUGAUGAUGGCAGUUCAAUUAUCAGAAGAUCGCCUUUCAAAGCUCGAAAGACGCAACCAAUUGAUCGAUGGUUUGCAUGACUUACCUGAACAAAUCAAGAAGGUCUUACAAUCUGACGAAACCUUAACCAAGCUCGCAGCUGGUAUGAAUGACCAACGUUCAUUGUUACUCAUGGGUAGAGGAUACCAAUACUCAACCUGUCUUGAAGGUGCACUUAAGAUUAAGGAAAUCUCAUACAUGCACUCAGAGGGUAUCCUUGCUGGUGAAUUGAAGCAUGGUCCUUUGGCAUUGAUUGACGAGAACAUGCCUGUUCUCUUGGUCAUGACUCAAGACUCAUUCUACCCUAAGGUUCAAUCAGCAUUGAUGCAAAUCACAGCAAGAAAGGGUGUACCAAUUAUCAUCUGUAACGAGGGUGAUGAGGGAUUAGUUAACAACUACAAGACCAUUGAAGUACCAAAGACAGUUGACGCUUUACAAGGUUUACUUAACGUUAUUCCACUUCAAUUGCUUUCAUACCAUUUGGCAAUUGGUAGAGGAUAUGACGUUGAUUUCCCACGUAACUUGGCAAAAUCAGUCACUGUCGAGUAAUUGCAUAUAUCAAAAAUAAGAAGAUUUGCAUGAUUUUUAAAUUACUUUUUUUGAAGACAAACAAGAACAAUUCGGUUUUUUUAUUAAGCUUUUAAUCUAAAUUUGUUAUUUAGCAUUUUU